AUGGUCGAUGAUUCCAAGUCUCCUUCUCCAGACAAGCUAGAGAGCUCGCCACCAGAGGGCGAGUCUCUUCUAUCCCAACCGGUAUAUACCUUCUACAAGCUCCAAACCCCACUCUUUGCCCUUGCUAAAUGCGCUCAGAACUCCGAUGCCCAAGGCCAGCUCACCGCAGCUGUGGAUGAUCUGCUCAAUGAACUCCAAAGCAAAUUUGACAAUGUCUCUGCGGAGAUGUUCGGGAAAUUGGAUGACAUGACCAAGCGCCUUGAUGAGCUAGAGGCGUCCCUAGCUGCAUCCUCGGGGGCUGGUGCCUCGAGUCCGGCAACAUAA